AUGCCGUUGACGCUGUUGCAGGACUGGUGUAGAGGGGAGCAUCUGAACAGCCAGCGCUCCAUGCUGAUCCUGGGCAUUCCGGAGGACUGUAGUGAGGAUGACUUUCAGGAGACUGUCCACGCGGCUCUCAGGCACCUGGGAAGAUACAGGGUCAUCGGCAGGAUGUUUAGGAGGGAGGAGAACGCCCAGGCUUCUCUACUGGAAUUUGCAGAAGAUUUUGACUGUUCUUCCGUCCCCAGAGAAAUAGUAGGCAAGGGGGGGCCCUGGGAGGUGAUUGUCGAACCUCCUAAUUCAGAUGGUGAAUUUCUUACUAGAUUGAACCACCUGUUAGAGGAGGAGAGGAGAACAGUGUCAGACAUUAACAGAAUCCUUGGAUCCUAUACUAAUUCUACUCCUAGACUGGCUUUUAACCCAGAAGUUUGGAACUGGGCCCAGACCCUGGAGGUCACAGUUCAGCCUCUGCUAGAACAAAUGUUGUAUCGAGAGCUAAGAGUGUUUUCUGGGAACACUGUAGCUGUCCCAGGGAUGUCAGCCUUUGAAGCCUGGUUUGAGCAUGCCACUGACAUGUUACAGAUGUGGCAAGUGCCUGAGAUGGAAAAAAGGCGCAGGCUGAUAGAGUGCCUUCGAGGCCCUGCUCUGCAGGUGGUCAGCGUGCUUCGGGCAAAUAAUGCUGGCGUUACGGUAAAGGAGUGCCUGCAGGCUCUGCAGCAGGUGUUUGGGCCAGUAGAGAAUGGCAAAAUGGCUCAGAUAAAAUUUUGUAAAGCCUAUCAGGAGCCAGGAGAGAAAGUCUCCAACUUCGUGGUCCGUUUGGAGCCACUGCUCCAAAAAGCUAUUGAAAAAAAGGUCAUACCACGGAAGAAUGUGAAUCAGACUCGCCUGAAACGAAUUUUAGGUGGAGCCACUCUCACUGACACACUUCGAGACAAGCUUAAGCUGAUGAAACAGCGCAGGAAGCCACCAGGUUUCCUGGCACUGGUGAAGCUCCUGCGGGAAGAGGAGGAGUGGGAGGCUACCAUGGGUCCAGAGAGGGAGUUCCUGGAAGGGCUGGAAUUAUCCCCAAGAUCACCAAAUCGAGUCAGUGGGUUCGGGCCUUUUGUCCCUACCUCUGACCAGAGUGUGGAGACCUGGCCUUCCCAGGGCUCCCUGCGCCGACGCCGCCGUGGCAGGAGGGGCAGCAGAGGUGGGAAGGGAAGUGUGCUGGGAGCUGGCUCUGGAGAUGCAGGAAACCGGAACCAUCACACAUUCUGCUACAGUUGUGGAGAAGAUGGCCACAUCAGGGUACAGUGCUUCAACCCCUCCAACCUGCGCUUGGUUAAGCAGACAAAAGACAUACUGGAAAAAUGGAAAGGGGCAGUCCAGACAAAUAGCAGGAGACUUGAGGGGGGCAGAAGGGCACAGCUGCCAAGCCCAGGCCAGACCCCCUCACCCUUCACCAGCUGCCACCAACCAAGACCAAAUGGCACCCAACUCUUUGGAGGCCACACACAGGGACCCCAUGAAGUGUCAGGGACACAUGCAAGAAACGGACCCUCCUGGCCCAGAAGGCAUCAAAAACUCCACUAUAGGACUCAAUGAAGCAGAGGCCCAAGAUAGUGAGGCUGGGGGCUGUGGUCUGGGUGUCAACCCAGUGACAUGGCCACCUCCAGAUGCCCACCAUGGAAGCUCUGAUUUAAGCCUACUCACUAAAUGUGAGGUUGCAUUGGGCAUAGACAGGCCUGCCCCAGCCAGAAAGAGCCAGUGCUGCAGGACACAGAGAGAAGACGCCAGAUGGAAAGCCCAGGCUGCAGCUUGUCUUCACAAUCAUCCACACUGCUCCAGGGGAAGCCCAGGAGGGCCGAAUCCUGGAGCCCCUGUGUGAGUAAAACCUGGGUCCCUAGACCCAAAGACCCUGGGAGGCCAGAGCCACCCAGAGGCAGUUUCCUCCCCUGCAGCCUGACAAGGCUGUGUGGGAAGAUUCA